AUGUUCUAUAGCGGUUCCGUCAGUCCACCGAGGGAGCCAGCUAAGAAGAAGGACAUCAUCCCCAAGAGAAGGCAGCCGGAGAAGAAGAUGGGCGACGACGACGUAUCGUCAAGUGCCGGGAAGAUCGCCGUCCCGGUUGGGUCGCUCAUGUGGCCGAUGCUCGAUCGUUCUAAUUACUCCGAGUGGGCUAUGUUGAUGCAGUGCAAUCUCGAGGCGAUGGAGGUUUGGGACGUCAUCGAGCAGGGCGGCAAGGGAGUGAAGCGCGCCCACGAUCGUCUGGCUAUGAUCGUACUCCUGCGUUCGGUGCCGAAGGAGAUGUGGACAACGUUGGGGGCGAAGAAGACGGUGAAGGAGGCGUGGGAUGCAGUCAAGAGCAUGCGGCAGGGUGCAAAUCGUGUCAAAGAAUCACAUGCACAGAAGCUGCUGCAAGAAUUCGAGAACAUCCAGUUCAAGAAUGGCGAGCUCAUUGACGAGUUCGGCCUGCGAAUCAACUCGCUGGCUGAGAAGCUGCAUGGUCUCGGCGAGGUCGUGGGCGAAACGCGCGUCGUCAAGAAAAUCCUCCGUGUCCUCCCGAAGCAGUACAACCAAAUCGCUGUGUCGAUUGAGAUGUUGCUGAACAUCAACACUCUGACGGUGGAAGAAUUGGUGGGGCGUCUGCGCGCCGCUGAAGAUCGUCUCGACGUCGACACUGUCGCCGAGAAGACAGAGAAGCUGUACCUGUCCGAGGAUCAGUGGCUCGCCAAGUACCGCCACCGCCUUGCUCCGGAGGGAUCCUCAUCCGGGAGUGGAGGAGAUCGACAAGGCGGGUUCUCCCCGGCCAAGCCGAAGAACACGUCGCAAGGUGACAAGAAGGAGCCCGUCGUCAAACUGACAUCGGAGGGCACACCGCGACGCAAGGGAAGGUGCCGUAACUGUGGAAUCUACGGGCACUGGAAGCUGGACUGCAAGCGUCCCAGGAAGGAGCGGCGUGAGGAGGCACAUCAUGUGCGGGCUGGCGAGGAACAGCCGGCUCUCAUGCUCGCCACGGUCGACACGGUGCGCACUGUCGUGCCACGGCGCGAGGCUGAACCAGUUGGGGUGCACAUUCCACAUCAUGUGGUGCAUCUCAACGAGGAGGAGGUGUUUCCAGCGGAUCGCGAUGAUGACACGUGGGUGCUCGACAAGGGUGCGAGCAAUCACAUGACGGGUGCCGUGCGGUGCUCGCGUCACUGGACACAUCUGUGGGAGCUAGAGCACCUAGGGCCGUCUCUAUUUGUUGAAGAUGCAGUUUGCCACUCCUGUUUGUCUGGUGGCAAUGAAGGAAGACAAGGCAUGGCUAUGGCAUGGGAGCAUCGUCAUGCAUUUCCAAAGGUAGCAAACUAUCGAGGUGAGAAGCCACUCGACUUGGUGCAUACUGAUCUGUGUGGUCAGAUCCGGCCAAGCACACCUGGAGGCAAGAAUUAUUUUCUGCUUGUGGUGGAUGAUUUCAGUCGGUACAUGUGGCUGGAGCUCCUGGUGACAAAAGCUGAGGCAUUCAAGUGUUUCAAGCGGGUGAAGACAUUGGCAGAAGUAGAGAGUGGGUGCAGACUUCGGGCGUUUCGUUCUGACAGAGGUGGUGAGUUCAACUCAAUUCACUUUACUGAGUUCUGCAAUGAGCAAGGCCUGAAGCACUUUACCAUCGCUCCCUACUCACCACAGCAAAAUGGUGUUGUGGAACGGCAUAACCAAACCAUAGUUGAGAUGGCCAGAUGUAUGCUCAAGAGCAAGAAAAUGCCGAGUGAGUUCUGGGGAGAAGCAGUUCACACAGCAGUGUACCUAUUGAAUAGAGCUCCUACCAGAAGUCUCAAAGGGAAGACACCUUAUGAAGCUUGGCACAAGAAGAAACCGAGUGUAGAUCAUUUGAGAACAUUUGGUUGCGUGGCCCAUGUCAAGAAAACAGGACCAGGAGUGACUAAGCUGUCUGACAGAUCCACACCAAUGCUAUUUGUUGGUUAUGAAACACGCACAAAGGGUUAUCGGGUUUAUGAUCCGGUGACUAAGAAACUGCAAGUGUCACGCGAUGUGGUGUUUGAAGAACAUCGUGGAUGGAGCUGGGGUGAGAAAAACCAAGACAGAAGCACUGAAACAGGAGUUGAAGUGGAGUUCUACUCUAUUGCCGGACGAACAACAGUGUCUGACAGUGUGCAAGCUGAUUCAAUGGAUACAGCUGGGCAGUCAGCAGAAGCACCGGGAUUUUCAGUGAUGGAUCUAGGGUCUCCCACUCAGAAUAAUGGCUCAGGCAGUCCAUGGAUAUUUAAUGAGCAGAACACGCAGUCACCAGAGCCGUCGACACCACCUGUAGCUCUGAAUGCACCGAAUGUGCAGUUUGCAACACCUCCAACUGAAGGAGGAGUGGACUCUGAGGGAAAUGCCUUGAGAUAUCACACAUUGCAAGAUCUCAAUGAUUCAACAGAAGAAGUUCAUGGGUUUGAAUACAGUGGAGUGUGUUUUGUAGCUGCAGAAGAGCCAGGGAGUGUUGAUGAGGCACUGACAGAGAAGUGUUGGAGAAAAGCCAUGACUGCAGAAAUGGAGUCGAUACUGUGA